UGUCUGUCAAAUAAAUAAAACCUUUUAAAAAGAGAGAGAAGGAUAAAAAUAAAAUACCCUCACAUUUUUGCAUGUCAAUAAAUUCCUAUGGUAACCUACUAGGGUAUUGUUUGUGGUGAAAGUGUAUAAUAGUUGAUAAUCCUUUUCAUAAAUCUUUCAUAAAUUUCAUAAAUAUCUUUAAGAGAUUUCACUUGAUCUUAGACAAAAGACUGAGAACAGAUCUUUUUUAAAAAUAUUUUAUGUCAGAGAGAGCGUGCGCGCACAAACAAGGGAAGUGGCAAUCAUAGGGAGAAACAGGCUCCCCCACUGAGCUAGGAGCCCGAUGUGGGACUAGUUCCCAAGACCCUGGGAUGGGGCCUAAGCCAAAGGCAGCUGCUUAACUGACUGAGCCACCAGGUAUCCCAUAAAUCUUUUUCAUAAGUAGCAAGGAAGACUAUAUGCCAUUGGUCAUCUUUAUCCUGAGUAUGCAUCUGAGCUCCCCCCCCACCCCCACCCCCGCCCUUUGCUCUGGAAAAAGGAGAAGGAAAGUUAUCUGCACAUAAGAUUGAAGAUAAUACUGGCUAUUAUUUCAUGGCUGUAAAAAUUUCCCCAUAUCACUUGGUGAGGCUACUUUACCAUGUGGUCUUUGUUCUAAGUCUGGAGAGAAGUUUGCUUUGUUCCUUCAGUAGGUGCACUGCCUCUCAUUAGAAAAAGAUAAACUUUUCUCAUACUGGGUUAAUGACUCUUCUAUGGAAUCAUAUCUUUAAAGAACUUCCUUUGGUAGUAAACACUAGAAAACAGACACAUCCAAAACUUGUUUAUUGCCUCAUUCCCUAUACGUCAGUCCAACAAAUCUGUCAGAAUAGCUGAUGUCAUUAUUUGCAAGGCUUUCGACUGCAGUUUUCUAAGUAGACUCCGAGCGCCGCUGUUGGCCAAUGCGCUCGCUUGAAGAGCGGCGUCCACCGUCUACCUAAGUGACUUUCUGCGCAAUCACGGAAGCGAUUCUGAAAGGAGAUAAAGCCCAGAUACGGGCACUCUUCUCAGCACGUGAUUCUGGAAUACGGAAUGGGAUACCUUGAAACAGCGUUGAGUUUUCUACGCAUUAGCAGUAAAUAUUUAAAACACAAUUUGUAAAGCAUCUUCUCAUAACAUCUGAAGCUGCAGCCGCGAAGAAAGGAUGGGAACUAGGGCGAAGCAGAGGAGCCUUACCGGGCAGCGGCAAGUACUCUUUCCCUUCCUGCUGCCUUUGUUCUGUGGGGGGCUCUCUGAGCAGAUCCGCUACUCUAUUCCUGAAGAAAUGGCCAGGGGCUCAGUGGUAGGGAAUCUUGCUGAAGACCUGGGGCUGCAUGUACAGGAUUUACUGAACCGCAACCUGAGAGUUAGUGCAGAGAAGCAAUACUUUACAAUAAACACAGAGAAUGGCAACAUACUUGUCAGUGACAGAAUAGAUAGAGAGUCGCUCUGUUCCCAAAGCGCCCUGUGUGUGGUGCCCCUAGAGAUCGUGGCAGAGAAUCCUUUAAAUGUUUUUCACAUAACAGUGAGGAUAGAAGAUAUAAAUGAUAAUCCACCGUAUUUCCCCCAAAAUAGCAUUGUCUUACAAAUCAAUGAACUUGCAAUUCUAGGAACUCGGUUUGGUCUGGAAUCUGCUAUAGAUGCAGAUGUAGGACCUAAUUCACUCCAGAGUUACCAACUCAGCUAUAAUGAGUAUUUCUCUCUGAUGGUGAAGGAUAAGACUGAAGGCAAGAAUGCCCCAGAAUUAAUUUUGGAGAAGCCCCUGGACCGGGAACACCAGAGCUCCCAUCUUCUGGUUCUGACCGCACUGGAUGGGGGUGACCCAGUCCGAAGUGGCACCAUUCAAAUCAGGAUUGAGAUCACUGAUGCCAACGAUAAUCCCCCAGUGUUCAGUCAGGAUGUGUACAAAGUUAGCCUUCCAGAGAACUUGCCCUUGGGCACCUCUGUGCUAAAGGUGACAGCCAUUGAUCAGGAUGAGGGCAUCAAUGCGGAGAUCACCUACUCCUUCAAAACACUAAGAGAUUUUGGAAACAUGUUUAUGCUAGACCAUCAAAAUGGAGAAAUUAAAUCCAAAGGUCCUAUAGACUUCGAAAUCAGUAGUAGCUAUACCAUGAGCAUAGAAGCCAAGGAUGGUGGAGGCAUGGCCACUGAAUGUAAAAUUAUAAUAGAAAUUUUAGAUGAGAAUGACAAUGCCCCAGAGGUUAUUUUCACUUCAGUGUCUAAUUCCAUAACCGAGGACGCAGAACACGGGAUGGUGAUUGCUCUGUUCAAAACACAUGACAAAGAUUCAGGCGAAAAUGGAGAAGUCACAUGCCUCAUAAAAGAAAAAGUUCCUUUCAGAAUUGAAUCUUCUGCCAAUAAUUACUACAAGCUUUUAACAGAUGGGUCUCUGGACCGGGAGAAGACUCCUUCAUACAAUGUCACCAUCACAGCCACAGACAGGGGAAAGCCACCUCUUUCCUCCAGUUCUAGUAUCAUUCUGCACAUCGCAGAUGUCAACGACAAUGCACCAGUUUUCGAACAGGCUUUCUAUUUGGUCCACAUUGCCGAGAACAACCCUCCUGGAACCUCCAUCACCCAAGUCCGCGCCUCCGACCCGGACCUGGGGCCCAACGGUCGCGUCUCCUACUCCAUCGUCGCCAGCGACCUGGAGCCACCGGCGCUGGCGUCCUACGUGUCCGUGAGCGCGCAGAGCGGGGUGGUGUUCGCGCAGCGCGCCUUCGACCACGAGCAGCUGCGCGCCUUCGAGCUGACCCUGCAGGCGCGCGACCAGGGCUCGCCCGCACUCAGCGCCAACGUGAGCCUGCGCGUGUUGGUGGGCGACCGCAACGACAACGCGCCGCGGGUGCUGUACCCGGCGCUGGGACCCGACGGCUCGGCGCUGUUCGACACGGUGCCGCGCGCCGCGCAGCCCGGCUACCUGGUCACCAAGGUGGUGGCGGUGGACGCCGACUCGGGACACAAUGCCUGGCUGUCGUACCACGUGCUGCAGGCCAGCGAGCCAGGACUCUUCAGCCUGGGGCUGCGCACGGGCGAGGUGCGCACGGCGCGUGCUUUGGGCGACCGGGACGCGGCCCGCCAGCGCCUGCUGGUCGCGGUGAGGGAUGGGGGACAGCCGCCGCUCUCGGCCACGGCCACGCUGCUCCUGGUUUUCGCCGACAGCUUGCAGGAAGUGCUGCCGGAUGUCAGCGACCGCCCUGAGCCCUCUGACCCCCAGGCGGAGUUGCAGUUUUACCUGGUGGUCGCUUUGUCCUUGAUCUCGGUGUUGUUCCUCCUCGCGGUGAUUCUGGCGGUUGCCCUGCGCCUGCGAAGCUCCUCCAGCUCUGUCUCCUGGGGCUAUUUUCAGCCUGGUCUGUGUGUCAAGUCAGGACCUAUGGUUCCUCCCAACUACAGUGAAGGGACUUUGCCUUAUUCCUACAAUAUGUACGUUGCCUCGGAUUCCCAGAAAGCAAGGCUUAAUUUACUCACUAUGACGUCAGAAAUGGGACCCGUACAAGAUCUCUCUACUGAUGCUUCGUUUGUAGUAAGUGCCACUGAAGAGAAUAACAAAUUAAACUCUUACACUGAUGCUUCUGCUCACGAAACACCUAGGAAGAUGUCCCAUAAUAGGUGUUUUUUGGGAGUGGUGAUAUCAAACUAGGUGCACUAAAGUUAUACGGUUAAAAUUACUUUGUAUAGAAACUUCAAAUUCAUUUGAAAGGUUAUUGGAAAAACAAUACAACUACAGAAAAUAAUCUCAAGAAAGCAGCUCUAUAUGAAAAAUUUUAGAGAACUACAAAGAAGUUGACUGAAAUUCCUAGUAAAAGGAGGACUGUGAUUUUUUAGUUGGCUCCACUUACAUCCCUACUUGAGGAACAGUAGGUGAAGCUAUUUGAGGUACAAAAACCAAAGAUCCUUCCUGGAGUUGAAGAUUGUGCAGUAAUUGGUUAGGACUCUGAGCACCACUGUUCACCAAUCUGGGAGAGAAAAACAGAGAUCCUGCUUGCCUCCUGCUUGCCCUGCAGGCACCUGUAGCACAAAGCCCAGAUAGAAACUAAUCAUCUCUGGGACUAUGAAGAAAAUGUUGGAUUCUGAAGAUGGGAAAAACUGGUCCUGACUUGGGUGGUCUAGGGACAAAUUGGAACUAAUAACCUCCAGGAAAUCGAUAAUGAUUUCUGAGUGGCUGCAUCAGGACUGAAAAUGGCUUGUCCUGCUGGGAGUUCUCCUGGGGAAUCUAUGGGAAACUGGGUGUGCCCAAAUUCACUAUUCACUUCCUGAGGAGCUGGAGAAAGGCUCUAGGAUGGGAAACAUCGCCAAGGACCUGGGGUUGGAGCCCCAGGAACUAGAGGAGCGCGGAGUCGGUAUAGCCUCCAGAGGUACAACUCAAGUUUUCACUCCAAACCUUCGAAGCGGCAGCCUUAUCUUCGCAGGCAGGGUAGACUGGGAAGAACUCUGCUUGGGGGUCUUAAAGUGUCAAUUAAAUCUGGAGGUUUUGCUGGAGGAUAAAGUAAAAAUAUACGGGGUUGUGGUAGAAGUGAGAGACAUUAACAGUAAUGUCCCCUAUUUCUGGGAAGAUGAAUUAGAAAUAAAACUGAGUGAAAACGCAGCCACUGGGUUGCGGUUCCCUCUUCCCCAUGCUUGGGAUCUGGAUAUCGGGAAGAACUGUCUCCAGAGCUACUGACUCAGUAGUAAUACUGACAUCUUUCUGGACGUGCAAAGUGGAGCAGAUAGUAACAUGUACCCAGAAUUGGUUUUGGAGCAUGCCUUGGACCGGGAGCAGAAGGCUAUUCAUUACCUUGUUCUCAUCGCCUCUGGUGGGGGUGACCCAAUCCGCACAGGCACUGUGCGCAUCCGUGUGAUGGUAGUUGAUGUGAAUGACAACGUACCAGUAUUUGCACAGUCUGAACCACAUGAGUGUUCCAGAGAAUGUGUCAUAGGCACUAAGCUGCUUUGCGUAAGCACCAUGAUGGAGGACCAUGAUGAAGGAACCAAUGCUGAUGACCCUGAUGAAGGAGCCAAUGCUGAAGUGAUGUAUUCCUUCUGUUAUGUGGACAAGAAGACAGCGCAAGUUUUCAAACUAGAUGCUAAUUUAGGGACGAUUUCAACAAUAGGGGAGCUGAACCACAAGGAAUUGAGGAUUCUGUGAGAUGGAAGUGCAAGCUGUGGAUAAUGCAGGAUAUUCUGCACAAGCCAGAGUCUUGAUCAGAGUAUUGGAUGUGAAUGAUAACGCCCCUGAAGUAGUUGUCACCUCUCUCUCCAGCUCUAUUUUGGAAAACUCUCCCAGAGGGACACUAAUUGUCCUUUUAAAUGUAAAUGAUGAAGAAUCUGGGGAAAAUGGACAAGUGAUCUGUUUCAUCUGAGAGAAUAUGCCAUUUAAAUUAGAAAAGUCUUAUGGAAAUUACUACAGUUUAGUGACAGACACACUCCUAGAUCCAGAACAGGUUCCUAGCUACAUCAUCACCAUGACCGCCAGUGACAGAGGAAGUCUGUCCCUGUCCACAGAAACUCACAUCUCACUGAAAGUAGCAGACACCAAUGACAACUCUGAUGCUUUCUACACUGCCUAUAUCAUGAAGAACAACCCUAGAGGAGCCUGCAUAGUGUCUGUGACUAUCUAUGACUCCC